UGGGCCUAUAAGACAGAACUCGGUCUCCCACACUUUGCCGCGUUGAAUCGCAUCUGCCAUCUUCUCAAAUCCGCUGUCUUCUUUCCUCUUCUGCUCUCUGCGUUUCUCUCUCACUCUGUAAUGGCGGAAUCUUCAGCCAAACCUGUGCCUCUUCUGAAGGAUGAGCUCGACAUCGUAAUCCCGACGAUCCGGAACCUCGAUUUCUUGGAGAUGUGGAGGCCGUUCUUCCAACCUUACCACUUGAUCAUAGUCCAAGAUGGCGACCCUUCCAAGACCAUCAAAGUCCCUGAGGGGUUCGAUUACGAGCUCUACAACCGCAAUGACAUCAACCGGAUCUUAGGUCCUAAGUCCUCUUGCAUUUCCUUUAAGGACUCUGCCUGUCGGUGCUUCGGCUAUAUGGUCUCUAAGAAGAAGUACAUCUACACCAUCGAUGAUGAUUGCUUUGUUGCUAAAGAGCCCUCUGGCAAGGAUAUCAAUGCACUUGAGCAGCACAUUAAGAAUCUCCUCUCUCCUUCUACUCCAGUUUUCUUCAAUACUCUUUAUGAUCCUUACAGAGAAGGUGCUGAUUUUGUCCGUGGAUAUCCUUUCAGUCUACGUGAGGGUGUCCCCACUGCUGUUUCUCAUGGUCUCUGGCUCAACAUUCCCGAUUAUGAUGCUCCAACACAGCUUGUCAAGCCUCUUGAGAGGAACACCAGGUAUGUUGAUGCUGUCUUGACCGUGCCAAAGGGAACAUUGUUCCCCAUGUGUGGUAUGAAUCUCGCAUUCCACCGUGAGCUUAUUGGACCUGCCAUGUACUUUGGACUCAUGGGUGAUGGUCAACCUAUUGGACGUUAUGAUGACAUGUGGGCUGGUUGGUGCAUGAAGGUUAUCUGUGACCAUUUGGGGCUUGGAGUCAAAACUGGUCUGCCCUACAUAUGGCACAGCAAAGCAAGCAACCCCUUCGUUAAUCUCAAGAAGGAAUACAAAGGUAUCUUCUGGCAAGAAGAGAUCAUUCCAUUCUUCCAAGCUGUCACCCUACCAAAAGAAUGCACCUCUGUUCAAAAGUGCUACAUUGAAAUCUCCAAACAGGUCAAAGAAAAACUAGGAAAAGUGGAUGAUUAUUUCGUCAAACUAGCUGACGCUAUGGUCACUUGGAUUGAAGCUUGGGAUGAGCUUAACGGUCCAUCGGAAGCAAAUUCUUCAAAGCAAGCUAAUGGCGCUGCCAAGUGAACCUCUAAUUGUUGUGGUCCGUAGCGUCCAAAGUUUGUAGCCUAUUGUCAUUUAGAUUUUUCAUCAUGGUAAAUCAUAUCUAUUAUUGUUAUUUAUUUUUACGAUUACUAUUGUUAUUUUUACUCAUGACACUGUAUUUGUCACUGUAUUUGUUAUUGUUUACCUCUUAAAUUCAGUUGAAAUCAUGAUUUUGGUUGAGCGCAUUGUUUUUC